AUGAGCACUGCGUUGCAGCCAUGUUUGCCCAGGUUGAAUUCGAAGAGAAUCGAAAAGGCUCAACUCAGAUCGGGUGCAAAAGAGUUCAAUAAACCUAAUGGGGUUUCAAUUCCUGGUCACAAAGUGAAUCGGAAGAUAUUUUGCACACCCCAUAGCUUGGAGGAAGAAUUUUCAGCAUUACAGUCAAAUGAAUCCUCUGAGGACGACGAUGAAACUUCACCCCUCGAACGACCACCCAACAGUGAAGAGUUGAAGGCGUUACUUGCCGAUUCUGAGAGAUCGAAGCUCGUAAGGAAACUGAGUGAAGCAAAUCAACAGAAUAGGUUUCUCAAACGCCAGUUACGAGUGAAGGAAGAUGCUCUGGUUAAUUUCAAGAGCGAACUUGCUUCCACAGAGCUUGAGAUUCGGGCUUUGGUUAACUUGGCACAAGAAAUAGCUAGUUACAAUAUUCCAAAAGAUUCAAAAAAGAUUAAUGGAAAAUACAUUCAAUCUCACCUCCUUUCACGGCUGGAAGCUGUCCAAGAAAAGUUGGAGGCGCAUAUCAAGGAUGUGGAUGCGGCACAAUCCCGAGAGGUUCCCUUAUUUUGGCAUGGUAUGGCAGAGAGUGUGCAUGUAAUGGGCUCAUUUGAUGGCUGGAGCCAAGGAGAACACCUAUCACCUGAAUAUGUAGAUUCAUACACGACAUUUUCGACUACAUUGGUGCUUAGACCCGGAAGGUACGAAAUAAAAUUUUUGGUAGAUGGGGAAUGGCAACUGUCACCUGAAAUCCCCACCAUUGGCGAGGGGUUCGUGCAGAACAAUUUACUUAUUAUUGAGUAG